CUGUUAGUAUUGUGAAAGUUUUAUACAUAUUUUAUUAAAAUUGGAAAAAAUGACUCGGAUUUUUUUGGUGUAGUUACAUUAUGUUAUACUGGAUUUUUCGCUAACUGAUUGCCUGCUUCAGUUUAUUCCAGUAAAACAGAAUACUGAAAUAGGCUUUCAGAUAGCUAUAUAUAAACAUGGUACUUAAAAUAACAUUACAUGUUGCAAAGACCAUCUACAAAUCUUUAGUGGAAAUAAUAUCAAAGAAAAUAUAGAAAGAACAGAGAUGGGACGAUAAUUACUGAUAUUGGAUCUAUCGCCUUCUUUAUUGAAAGGGUUAACCCUGGCAAGUUUUAAACGUUCAGGAAAAAUACCUUGAUGGAUAGAUGCUUUGGAAAUUUUUUUACACUGGUAAAGAAGGAGUUUUUUUAUUGCUGAUAUUGAAGAUUUUUAACAUCAUUAUUGGAAAGAAAUUUUCAGCAUCAGCAAACAUAGUAUACAUUAAAUUUGAGGCUUUAUUUACGUUAUUUAUAUAAAGCAAGAACAAUAGAGGUCCCAAAAACGAACCUUAGGGAACGCUAUAUGAAAUGAUUAGAAACUUAAUUCAUUAUCAUUAUUAUUGAAACUAAACUGUUUACGGUUACAUAAACAAUUUUUGAACCAUUUCAUAAUUUUGCUAUUUAUUCUAUUGUAUUUUAGCUGUUGUAGCAAAAUUUCAAAAUAGACAGUAUCAUAAACACUUCCGAUUGGUCAAUCAAAACAUCUAUUUAGAAUUUUCAAAAGAAUUGAGAGUUCACGUAUUAAUUGGAUAGUUUAUUAAUUAUUUUAUGAAAAUGUGGAGAAGAUAGAGAUAGGCUAUAAUUAAUGAUAUUUGUUUGAUCACCUUCUUUUAAAAUGGGUUUAGCGAUUUUUAAUUGUUGAGGAAAAACUUUCUUGGUGGAUAAAAACUUCUUGCUUCAUAAACUUUAAAAAUCUUUUAAGUGUUCAAAACAUCCUACAACAAUAUUGCUGUUUAUGCCAUCUGUUCCACGUGUUAACAUAAAAAAUUGAUAACGAUAAAGUAAUUACGAUGGGAAUGCUUCGAGAACUCAUGUCAAUACAAGGAGAUACAAUUUUCAAAUGCUUUAAGGAAAGUUUGGUCAGUGUCCUGGAAAAAGUUGAGAACUUAGCCAAAGACAUUGAAGAAAUAAAACGUGGGCUUACUUUUGUUGGUGAUCAAAUUGAGACAAAAGUAAGCAAGGUUGAUAGUAAAAUGGCAGAAAUUAAAGAAACUAUUGUGGGUAUUAAAUCAUUCCACAGAAAAUUAAGCAGCGAUUCGAUUGAAAAUAAAAGAAAAACUGUCGAUCUUGAGGAUCGAAACCGACGUAACAAUUUAAGAAUUGUUGGAAUCAAAGAAGAAAACAACGAAUCUUUUAAUGAUGUUGUAAAAAAAGCAAACCUACUAAUUAAAGAAGACCUUGAAAUUGCGGGUCCAGUUAUUAUAGAAAGAGCGCAUCGUGUCGGUAAGUUUAGUGGAAAGCCUAGAACUAUUGUCUUCAAAAUAUAAAACUGGCAGGACAAGGAAAACAUCUUAUUCAACGCUCGUAAACUCAAGGGGAAAUAUAUAUAUAUUAACGAAGACUAUAGUGAUGAAACAAUGCAAAUUCGUAAAGAACUUUUUGUACAAGCUAAAAUACAUCGUGGUAACGGAAAAUACGCGAAAGUCAUUUACAAUCGAUUAGUGGUAAGAGAUAUGAUAAACGAGAACGAAGGUGUUGAAAGCAA